GACGUGACUUGAAGACCCAGGGUUAGAGAUGAGAACCUGAGUAGACCGGAACAAAACGGGUUAAAUAUCAACAAACAGAUUACUCGUCAAAUUAAUACUGAUGCUGAUCUACCCAAACUGAGUAAUCAACCGGUGUGGAGUGUCUCGCUGCUCCUUAAGUACCCUGGUACCUUGAUGCCCAACAGGGGAAUCUCAGCCGCACCCACCUGCAGACUCGCUCAGGAAUAAACACAGGAGAUUUACCCAAACCGACAAUCACCUUCAAAGAUAAUUCUCUCCGUUGAACUUUUAUCCUCCUGCAUGAGCCGCCUCACCCUCUGACCAAAGUCCGCAAGCGCUCACGUGUGUGCUUGGAUAACACCCCCACUCUUCCAUGGGAUGGUCCCGCAGGCGAAAUUUGCGUAUUUCUUUGGAAAAUGACGCAAUCGCAGUCAUAAUCGGAAACCAGUUAGUCGAGUAGAUUUUAUUCUCCUGGAAAAAAGGCAGCUCGUCUCGAUGAAACCAAAAGUUGAUAUGUGAGUGUGCGAUAAAACCACACUGAACGGGGGCGUGGGAGACGCACGGAAAGCGCGUGGCCGCCUGCACUGGAGCCGCUACCGUGCGCGCUUUACUAGCAACAAGCAUGCAGCGUUAAAACUGCUUCAUCACACAGAGAGCACGCUGGCAGACUGCCUCUUGGAGACUCUUGAAGAAAAGAUGCUGCGCUCCGGAGAAGCAGGUGAGGCGGAGAGGAUGAGAGCAUCGGAGCCGGAGCGACGCACGGACGCUGGACGUAAACACCUGCUCCAAACCAAAACUCCUCGGUCUUAGCUGCUCGUUUUUGAUAAAUCUGGAUUUAUUUCCCAACUCAAAUAUCUGGGGCACAGGACAAUGGGGGCGCCAUGAAAGCGAUGAACGUUUGGAAAAUACAUUUGGAGCAAACCCACUAAGGACAACUCUGAAAGCCUUUUUUAUUCUAGGGGUUGGAGCUGGGAGGAUGACAGGGGCGCAUUUCUACAUAGGGAUGGAGGUGCUGAUUGCCGUCACCUCCGUGGUGGGGAACGUGAUGGUGGUCUGGGCAGUGAAAAUUAAUAAAGCCCUGCGAGACACCACGUUUUGUUUCAUCGUUUCCCUGGCUCUGGCGGAUAUUGCAGUGGGAGCGCUCGUCAUCCCCUUGGCCAUCACAAUCAGCGUCGGACUUCAGACUCACUUUUACAGCUGCCUGCUGGUGGCGUGCACGGUGCUGGUGCUGACGCAAAGUUCAAUCCUGGCCCUGCUGGCCAUCGCCAUCGACCGAUAUCUCAGGGUCAAGAUCCCGACCAGGUACAAGCGAGUGGUGACUCCUCGGCGAGCUGGGGCGGCAGUGGUGAUGUGCUGGAUGGUGGCUUUCAUCGUGGGACUCACGCCCAUGCUAGGCUGGAACAACCUGAAACGCCUUCAGGAGAACGGCUCCAUCAGCUCCAACCUCAGCGUCACCUGCCAGUUUGAGACGGUCAUCAGCAUGGACUACAUGGUCUACUUUAACUUCUUUGGCUGGGUGCUCCCCCCUCUGCUGCUCAUGCUGGCCAUUUAUGCCGAGAUCUUCUACAUGAUCCACAAGCAGCUUAACAACAAGAAAAUCACCUCCAGCUACUCAGACCCCAACAAGUACUACGAUAAAGAGUUAAAUCUUGCCAAAUCGCUGGUUCUGGUGCUCUUCCUCUUUGCCAUCAGCUGGCUCCCUCUUCAUAUCAUCAACUGCAUCACACUCUUCUGCCCGCAGUGCAAGAAACCCAUUGUUCUCCUCUACAUCGCCAUCCUGCUCUCGCAUGGCAACUCUGCCGUCAAUCCCAUUGUCUACGCUUUCCGCAUUAAGAAGUUUCACACGGCCUUUCAGAAGAUCUGGCAGCAGUAUUUCUGCUGUAAGAACACGCUGACGCUGGAUUUCCAGCAAAGCGAGAGGAAAGAGGCACCCAAUCUGGAGAUGCAGCAGGCCGCCCCGUUGCAGCCCACUCAGCUGGAUGACUUUAAAUCCUAUCCACCACUUCAGCCAGAACAGCCUUCGCCAGAGGGCAACCAGAAGAUCAAAACACAUCAAAAACCUCACAACCAUCAUCCAGCGGUGGAGCAGAACGCUGUCUGAGUUAAAGGAUUGAAUCGGGUUGAAGGUGUAAUGAUGGGUGCACGAGCAGCAACUGUCUGCUCACGUGAAUGUAGUCGUGAUUUGCUGCACGGGGCUGCAGAGCCUUUGUGAUUCAGGCAACAUGGAUCAAUGGAAGAUAAUCCCUCUUCCCUCGGAAGGAGAGCAUAAAAGAUGCAGAGAGGUUUCAGCUGGAGGUCCUUUGGACGGUGUGUUUAUCUUAGUAACACACUGACCUUUAAUUAUUCAUUCAUCAAGGUGAAACAGUUGGUGUGAACUUAAGAAAAUGUGCAAUAUUUAAUUUAUUUUGUGUUUUUAUUUCCUCCCAGUAUCAAAUUCUCAUAUGUUGCAGCUUGCUUGAGCAUUUAAACCACCAACGGAGCAGGGUACUCAUACUUCUGUAAUGUUGUGUAUGUUUUAUCUGACACUGGCUAAAAAAUUAUAAUAAUAUGAAUGUAACCAUGUAAAUAUGAGACUGCAGCACUGCUGUGAACGCUCAUUUAAUCUUCAGGGCCUUAAUUGCACAACAUUGUGCAGAAGAAGCAGCCCUGAGAGACAAUAAGGGAGUCAAGGGCGUGCAGCAAAUGUUUUGUAGCCUCAUACGUCUCUGCACUGAAGCUCAGGCCCUUUUGUGAUCCUGCACCAGAUUUUUCCAUUGCAGAAAAGAGGGGUAGGGUUACGGAGAAGCACACGGAGGCAACGGGGGGAUUUUGAAAUAUUAAAGGCUACAUGCAGGACACACAAGAUGCACUUAAAGCUCAUCUUUGUCCAGCUUCCACUCUAGUUAGUGUGGAGAGUUUCAUUUCCUCAAAACGUUAUUUAAUUUUGAUUUUCCACCACAGACUGUUAUUUAACCAUUUACUUACUGAACUCCCCUGAUGACUGGGAAAUAACCUGAGGAGUGUGAGUAUUUACAGAAGGCUCAUUACGUUGCCAGAGUGUGGUGUCUGUGUGUGGAUCAUUAAACCAAGUUCAAUGCCCCUCGCUCAGACAGAUUGUAUGAGAAUGUAAGGACUUUUAUUUAUUUGUUUUGUAAAGACUCUGAACUCUUGCCAAGUCGCUUUGCUGGCAAUCUCUGUCUUCAGGUGGAAACAUUUAUUUUACAACCGGCAGGUGAGGAUGCUUGACAAACUGCAAACUAAGAUUUAUUUUUGAAGCAAAUGUUAGAAUCCAAAACACAAUCCAAGUGUGUAAAGCUCAUUCAGAACAGAAAACAUGGUUUGGAAAAAGAUAUCUAAGCUGCUUCUCUUCAUUGAGAGAGGAAAUCAUAAUAAUGUUUUUUCGCAUUGGUGGAAGAAUGUUUGACCCUGCAGUGCAUUAGGCCCUCAGAUGGUUUGCAUCAUUAUUAAACACUUUACAGAAACGUUUACCGACAAGAGCUUUCUGCUUGAGGUGAAAGGCAGACCUUUGGUACAGAAAUCUUGUUGCAACAUUAAACAAAAGCACAAUUUUCACAAUAAUUAAGCAAAUCCUGUUUAUUAAAAUGCCUGAAACCCCAAUUUCUUUACCCGCUCAUCCAUGCUGGGUCACAGAUGCCUAUCUCCAGCAGUCUCCAGACAAACCGGUGAGGUGCACCCUGGACAGGCUGCCAGUCCAUCGCAGGGCAACACAGGAUAAAAAACCACACACACACACACACACACACACACACACACACACACACACACACACACACACACACACACACACACACACACACACACACACACACCUAGGGACAAUUUAGGGAGAUCAAUCAACCUGACGGAACCACGUAUGCACAGGGAUAACAUACAAGUUCCAUGCAGAAAGACCCCAGACUGGGAUUUAAACCAAAGACCUUCUUGCUGCAAGGCAACAGUGCUAGGCACCGUUUCACUGUGCAGCCCCCCUGCUGUUAUUACAAUGUUUUUUAUGUGAGAUCCCUAAUCAACAACUUAGAGCAUUAGAAUAAAUGACAACGAUCAGAAAAUGCACUUACAAAUUGCCUCUCAUUGAUCCUUGCAGCGGUCUUGGUUUCGUUUUAAUCUAUAAUAUCUACUGAUGACAGAAAAUUUGCAUCUGACAAUUUAGUGCAGCUUUAUUCUCUCUGAAAAGAAACAGUUUAUGAUCCAGUUUCUACCUAAUCAGUCCUCCUGGUGAGUCAUUGCUUCUCGACUUGCAAUUAUUCUACAGUUUUUAAGCCCAAGAUAAUGCAACUCUGUAAAGGUGCAACUCUGCAGGGCUGUCAGAGUUCUCAUAAUAAUAAUAAUAUAAGAAGAAGAAGAAGAAUGCAGCUCGAGGUUGUUAGAUAACACAAGGGGUUGUCACCAUUUCUUCUCUUUCUUUGAUACUUUGAGAUGCAUGAAGCUCUUAAAAAGAUCCCACAGCCUGAGCAGAGGCUGCUCGCUCGGAGCUGCCAGUCUAUGUCUCCUCCCACCAACAGUCACACACACACACAGUUAUAACUUCAGUUAUAAAUCCACGCAAACAACAAACACGUUCUCUGCUUCCUUUCAUGUGACAUCAUGUUGACCAAAAAGCAUUUACAAAUCAAUAACUAGGUUCAAUAACACCUUUUCACAGAACGGAGCGCCACUAUUUCAGUCUCUGAUGCUAUUCUCAUGCUGAGGCUACAAAGGGAGAUAGAAUAUCAAGUGGAAGGUUGGAGAUAAGAGGAAGAACCACGAGGAGAAUACUGCAGCUGUGUGUUUCCAGAUGAACAGCUGAGGUGACCUUUCCAUAAACUGAUCAGCUGUCUGUGAGGCUUUAUAUGGAGCCUAAGGGUGUUUUUUUUAAUGUGACUGUAACUCUGGUUUUGGGAAAGCUUGUCAUCUGAUGAUUUUCCUCAAUGAAUUACAGCCACCCCUAGUUUAAAAUGCAGAUUAUUUGAUGUUGAGAAAUGACGUUUAGUCAUUUUUCAGUUUUUCUAAGAACGAUUAGCGAUGGCCACCAACAUAAAUCAAGUUUUUCAGAUAUAGACGUGACUCCAAUACAGAAUUUCUGAGCUUUUCAUUGAAAUUUGUGCGGUGGAUCGUGAGAUAUUUCUCUAAAAGGAAGAUAAACAAACAGGCAAAAGCAUUUGUGCAUUUGGAAAUUUACUACAACAAACGGUAAAAUGUGAAAAACUUCUUUGGACCUUUAAAGAACUAUAAAAAUAAAAAUAAUCCUUUGAUCUCCAUGUUUUAAAUUAUCAUCAGAUACUAAAACUAGCUGGAAUUAUGAGUAAACUACCUCAGAGUUCAAGAAACCUCAAAUCCAUCCAUCCAUUUUUUGAACCCGCUUGUCCACGUAGGGUCGCGGGGGCUGGUGCCUAUCUCCAGCGGUCAAUGGGCAAUCAGGCGGGGUACACCCUGGAUAGAGAGCCAGUCCAUCGCAGGGCAAAACAGAGACACACAGGACAACCAAUCAC